GGUCGACAUCCGCGGCCGCCUAUAACAUCGCUGGUCGCUUGUUCAUACUACACAUCCGGCAGCCGUCGUUUUCUCCGUCCGUAUUUUUGGAGGACAAAUGAAAGUCGUUGGCACACGUCCACAGAAGGUCCGAAAAGUUACGAUUCAAGACAGUCAAGAUGCAGUCACCUAUCAAUUUGAUGAUCCACCAUUAGUUCCCCCUACGGCUGGGUUGCAAAUUACUAUCCAUCCUACUGCAGCCUCAUCAUCGGAGCACUCUGUAGCACAAGAAGCGGCUCACAAUACAGUUGCAGAGGAGUGUCCGGCACAGGCGGUACCGGGUCAACAAACUAAUCCUAAUAACACAUCAACAUCUCACACUUCAACGGGGAUCCCCCCGUUGGUUUCACCCAUUGUUGCUGGAGGGAACACUUCGGUCGGUUCCAAGAGGUCGGCUGCAACAACAUGCAACCGUUCCAACUCCCAUCAAUAUGAAAAUGACGAUGAUGAUUUUGACCCCCCGCCACCUAGAACUGCUCUUACCCGGAGGACCGACCCGCCAGUCAAGCGGCCAAAGGUAGCUAAAGCUAUAUCAUCCACCGCCGGUCAUAAUGGAAACCAACCAUCAAAACCGGCACCAACCAUUAGGUGCUCACCUGGAUUCGUGCUCUCUGCCAUUGAUCUAUUAACCGAAGAUCAAUAUGCAAAUGUCAAGGCUACUCCAUUUGGUGAAAUUCUGAACCUAAAAGCUGAUGCUCUUGAGUCCAGGAAUUUGCCGGUAUUCCUUAUGAACAAGACUGACAAGGACACUCUAAUAAUCAACGUCGGCACUCAAGGUGGACUGAAAAUUACCCCGCAUGCUGUGCAUUGUGUCAUGGGCACUCCACUUGGUGGUCGUGACCCAUCGGUCUGUUCUGUCACCCAAAAGAAUGAGCUGCUUAGACUCAAGAACGAGCUGAGCGUGCCAGUCGAUCAGAAUAUAACCUACAAAACUCUGUGCGACUAUAUAAAGUUGAAGAGGCCUGAUGAUUUGACAUAUAUAUCUGGUAGGGAGGCUGCUUGGACUGCAGACAUUGCUAAUAUUGGUGCGAUCGAUUGGUCCAAAGCUGUUGUUGAUUACAUGAGGGAUAGUGUUGCAACAUGGCACUCCAAGAAGAACAACAAUGGAGUAUUGUCCAUUUCUGGUUGUGUGCUCUUUUUAAUAAUUUACUAUUUGGACAAUCUCCUGAGUGUCAAUAUGUUGGAUGCGUCUCAAACACCACGCAUAGCUUUCUACAACACUGGGAAGAUGCAAGCUAUCUUAAGUGAGGAUAAGUCGAAGAACAAGCCAGACUCGGAGUCAUAUGGCAACCUACCGCUUCGGUCCCAGGAGGGUACUUGCUACUUGGGUGUUAAUGCCAACGCGACAUCAGCAAGCCAUGCUCAACCCCAUGCCCAUUCUGUUCUGUUCAUUAGCAUGCUGGAGCAACUCAGGGACUGCGUGGAUCAACUACCUCAAUCGAAGCAGGUUGUGGCAUUUGCUGCUAUACGGAGGUGUGAUGAUUCAGUUGCCAAACUACUUGCUGAUGUUUCUCUCGAACAACGCAAGGUUGUAUCGGAGUUACGCUGCAUAAUGCUCGAUCCUUCGACGUCUUCGCCAUCACCUCCAAUUCAGAGGGAUCCUAAGCCAAUUUCUCGUGCUGCGGCACAUUUGGAUAAUGUAGCGGGCAAUGUGGACAUCGAUCACACUACUAUCUUUGGCCCCAAUAGUUAG